UCAAAACAAUUCACUGCUGCUAAGGCAUAUGUGCUCCACAACAACGCUGUCCCCUUUCUCUCUCCCUCUCUCUCUAUUCUGCGAUUUGCAGUGUACGAAUGGUCGGAAGAUUUGCAGAGAUUUAGAGCGAGGGGAGUUUUAGAGAGAGAAAGAGAGAUCCCGUUAUUUUCCAGUACUACCAGUUACAGUUAUUGUGGAGUGCCCUAGAAUCACUAGCACUUUCGCAUCAUUUAGAUCGAAGUUCCACAGAUCGGUAUAAUCAGUCUUUUACAGGGGUUUCGAGGUAGAAUUGUUCAACAUUUUCAGAAAAUCGUCCGGGUCUCUGAUUAUAAGGAACCAGUUUGUCAAAGAUUAUUGAGAAGCUGAGGGUUAUAAUAUUUGGAAGGUAAAUAAUUCGAAAAUUCUGCAGAUUUCUUAGGGUUUUUUCUUCUUCUGUAGGUUCUGAUUUUUGUGUUGAGAAGAUUGAGAAAUCUUGUGCAAAUUUGUGCUUAAUACCAUCGAGGAUCCCUUAAACUGACAGGAUUUUUCUUCAACUAAUCCUUCAAAGCUUUGAGAACAACCAAUAAUUCAAACGUUUGCAGUGAAACCCUAGAAAAAUCUUUGCAGUUUCGAAUAGACCAGAUCUCUCCAGCUCAUCCAGCCCAAAGACUUUAAAACAUCCUUGUCUCCAUAAAAAAUCAGAGGAUACAAGCUUGUCCAGUCCAAAAUCCUAGAAAACCUUCAAUCUCCAACAAAAAAACCAGUGAACCCCAAAUUCCUAGAAUAUGUCAGGCCAGAGCCAGCGCCUGAAUGUUGUGCCUACAGUCACCACGCUCGGUGUCGUGAAAGCUCGACUGGUUGGAGCUACUCGAGGCCAUGCCCUUCUAAAGAAGAAGAGCGAUGCCCUAACUGUUCAGUUUCGCCAGAUACUGAAAAAGAUCGUUUCCACAAAGGAAUCCAUGGGUGAGAUCAUGAAAGAGUCCUCUUUUUCCCUGACCCAAGCUAAAUAUGUAGCGGGCGAUAACAUAAAGCACGUAGUCCUCGAAAAUGUGAGGAAUGCUUCUGUAAAAGUUAGGUCGAAGCAAGACAAUGUUGCAGGUGUGAAGCUCCCUCGCUUUGAGCAUUUCACUGAUGGUGAACCCAAAGCUGAUCUCACUGGUUUAGCAAGAGGUGGACAACAAGUUCAGGCUUGUAGAGCAGCUCAUAUUAAGGCCAUUGAAGUUUUAGUCGAGCUAGCUUCUCUUCAAACUUCUUUUUUGACUCUUGAUGAAGCCAUUAAGACCACGAACCGGAGGGUUAAUGCUUUGGAGAAUGUUGUGAAGCCGAGGCUCGAGAACACUAUAAGUUAUAUAAAAGGAGAGUUGGAUGAGUUAGAGAGAGAGGAUUUCUUUAGGUUGAAGAAGAUACAAGGGUAUAAGAAGAGAGAGAUAGAGAGACAGAUGGUAGCAGGUAAGGCGUUUGCAGAGGAGCAGGCAGUUGAAAAGGUGGCGUUAAUGAAAGGGAUCUCAUUUAAUUCAGCACACAAUAUACUGGCUGUGGGGGCAGAAAAAGACGAGGAUAUCAUAUUCUGAGAGAUGGAAGAAGUACAACUCAAAGGCAUGUCGUGUAAAUUGUGGUUGGAAGGUGUUACUGGAAUAGCAUUUGGGUUUAAGAUCAUGUUUAAAUGACUGUUUAGAAAUGUUCUCAAUCAUUUUGCUUUCUUCAGCUUUGGGAUUUCACUUACUGUAUUUUGCUUCAGGAGCUUUUUUUUUGUUCUUUUUUUUUUUUCCCAUUCUUAAGAAUAAAGGUUUUAGCCUCUUCCCUUCAUUUCGAGCUUGGGAACGAGGAUGUGGGAAAUAGGUACAAUUCAUAAACAUAAGGCUAUUUAUGUAUGGUAUUCGUUUGGGUAAAUUAUGCAAUGGUAUUGUUUUAUA